AUGAAGCGGCAGGGGUCACUGAUCGGCUGGAUUUGUGCUCUCCAGGAGGAAUAUGAAUGCGCCUGUCGCAUGUUGGAUGAGGAGUUCACGUGCCAGGAUCUCGUGGAAUCCAGUGAUGACAACACAUAUGUCUUUGGACGUAUUAUGAACCACUUCAUCGUGAUCGGCUGUCUUCCUGCAGGUCGAUACGGUACCAGUUCAGCCAGCUCUGUUGCGCGAGACAUGCUGCGGUCAUUUCCCAACCUACGAUUUGCAUUAAUGGUUGGUAUUGGAGGCGGUGCACCAUCAGCUAGAAAUGAUAUCAGACUCGGUGACAUUGUUGUUAGCCAGCCAAAAGGUGCUAUCGGUGGUGUGGUACAAUAUGAUCUCGGAAAAAAACUACAAAACGGUCAUUUCCAAAGAGUAGGACAGAUGAACGCCCCUCCCAACAAGCUACUUGGAGUCAUCCCUGAAAUAAGAAGGCUUCAUAAUGAUAUGCGGAGGCCAGACAGUCUUGCGGAACACGUUCAGCGUAUGGAUGAUACAGAAGAUUAUCACCGACCAAAAGUUGAUCGGCUGUACCGAGCUGAUUAUCUACAUACUGGUGGACCAAGCUGUCAGCAAUGUGACUCAAGCUUCUUAAUCAAUCGUCCAGAGCGUUCAGGUCAGCGCAUCCUUCGUGUUCACUACGGAACUAUCGCCUCUGGAAAUACUGUUCUUAAAGAUGGCAUUCAACGUGAUAUCUAUGCUAACGAUCCCGAUCUCAAUGUACUGUGUUUUGAGAUGGAAGCUGCGGGUCUGAUGAACAACAUGCCAUGUCUUAUUAUUCGUGGAAUCUGCGAUUAUUGUGACUCUCACAAGAAUGAUGAUUGGCAUAACUAUGCUGCACUUACCGCCGCUGCCUAUGCACGAGACUUACUGUGUGUCCUGCGGGCUCAACGUGUGGAUACUAUGCCCUCAUGGGCUGACCAGGUGAGAAAUCAAUUACAAACAGCCUGUUGGCAAAAUCUGAGAACUAUCCAAGGUGCAUUGUUUGACUCGCGCGAUAACCAGCACGACGAAUGUCUCCCAGGAACCCGAACGGAGCUACUCAGCGAAGUCAGAAAUUGGGUUGAAUCUAUAGAUGGAAAGUGUAUCUUUUGGUUGAAUGGUAUGGCCGGAACUGGUAAAUCUACGAUCGCUCAAACAGUUGCAAGAAGAUUGGAUACGAAAGGAGAGCUUGGUGCCUCGUUUUUCUUUAAGAGAGGUGAAUCAGACCGUGCGAACGCGAAAUAUCUGAUAUCGACGAUCAUAAAACAACUAGUAAAGCACUGUCCAGAGCUGGUACCAGGUGUUCUCGAAGUGGUAAAGAAAAAGCCAGACAUUCCCUUCAAAACCCUCGAGCAGCAAUUCAAUACAUUGCUUCUUAGUCCACUACUUACCUUACAUCCAGUAAAACCCACAACUAUUGUUCUUGUGAUUGAUGCGUUAGAUGAAUGCGAUCAGGAGAGUGAUAUCAACAUGAUAAUCAGAUUUUUACCAGAACUCCAGCAGCUUCAGUCGAUACGCCUUCGAAUAUUCCUUACUAGCCGACCUGAGCUCCCUAUUCGUCUUGGCUUCAGAGAAAACGAGAAUCACCAAGACUUGAUCCUCCAUAAGCUGCCAAAGUCCGUGAUUGAACAUGAUAUUCGCCUGUUCCUGAAAUAUCGGCUUACUGAGAUUCGGAAUGAGCACCCGUUCUUUCAGCAAUACCCACACUCUCCUGAUUGGCCCGGAGAUAAUAAUGUUGAUAAACUGGUAAAGAUGGCUGUUCCCUUAUUUAUCUUUGCAGCUACACUUUGCCGUUUUGUUGGGGAUAAAUAUGAGCUUCCGGACGAACAGCUCAAAUAUAUCCUAGAAGACAAGGCAAUCACAUCAACAUCCGAAAUAGAAAGGACAUAUCAGCCGAUCUUAAAUCAGCUGCUUACUGACAGAAGCGAAAAUGCACGGAUCUUGCAAGACUUUCAUAAUAUUGUUGGAGUUAUUAUUCUCCUCGCUGACCCUCUUCCAGUGAAGGCUAUUGCCCAGCUGACAGAGAUAGACGAGAAGAAAAUCGCUAGUCGAUUACAAAGAUUCCACUCAGUUCUGAGUGUACCAACAAACCUUGAGGCACCAGUCCGUAUCCUGCAUUUAUCAUUCCGAGAGUAUCUCUUGAAAACAACGGAGAAGGAAUUUUCUGUUGAUGAGCAAAGGACGCAUGCGAAGAUAGUAUCACAUUGUCUAAAGCUUAUGAAAGCCCGGCUCAAACAGAAUAUAUGCGAGCUGCAAAGUGACAGAACACAACAAGAUAAUAUCGAGCCUCAGAGUGUUGAGAAGUGUAUCACAGCCGAUCUGAAAUACGCCUGUCGCUACUGGAUUCAUCAUCUGGAACAGAGUAAAGGUCGGAUCGUGGACUAUGAUAUUCUCUCUUUUCUCAAGGAGCACUUCCUUCACUGGUUGGAGGUACUAGCUCUUAUAGGAGAAAUAACGGAAGUAGUAGGAUUAAUAAAUGUAUUAAAGUCGAGAACACGGUUAUCGGAUUUUUUAUAUGAUGCAGAAAGAUUUACUCGUCAAAACAGCUAUAUAGCAGGGAUCGCUCCACUACAGCUCUACCGCGCUGGUCUUGUAUUUUAUGGGAAAGUCAAUGAUCAGCUGGCAGUUGAAACAGCGACAUUUGAAGGCCAUUCCCACUUGGUCGACUCGGCGGCCUUCUCACCGGACGGCCGCACGCUGGCGUCGGGCUCACAUGAUAAGACCAUUAAGCUCUGGGACACGGCCACGGGCGUCGAGCAGCGCACGCUGACCGGCCAUUCCGACUGGGUCCACUCGGUGGCCUUCUCACCGGACGGCCGCACGCUGGCGUCGGGCUCGAGUGAUUACACUAUCAAGCUCUGGGACACGGCUAUGGGCGUUGAGCAGUGCACACUGACUGGCCAUUCUAAUAGGAUCCGGUCAGUGGCCUUCUCACUAGACGGCCGCACGCUGGCGUCGGGCUCAGACGACGAGACUCUUAAGCUCUGGAAUACAGCUACAGGCGUUGAGCAGCGCACACUGACCGGCCAUUCUGGUAAAGUCUGGUCAGUGGCCUUCUCGCCGGAUGGCCGUACAUUGGCAUCAGGCUCGAGCGAUUACACUAUCAAGCUCUGGGAUACGGCCACGGGUGUCGAGCAGCGCACGCUAACAGGUCAUUCCAACUGGGUUGGGUCAGUGGUCUUUUCACCGGACGGCCGUACACUGGCAUCGGGCUCGAGUGAUAAGACUAUCAAGCUCUGGGACACGGCCACGGGUGUUGAGCAGCGCACGCUGACCGGCCAUUCCGACUGGGUCUGGUCGGUGAUCUUCUCGCCGGACGGCCGUAUACUGCUCUGGGACACAGCCAUGGACAUGGAGCAGCGUACACUGACCGGCCAUUCCAGCAGAGUCCAGUCAGUGGCCUUCGCGCCGGACAGCCGCACACUGGCAUCAGGCUCACAUGAUAAGACUAUUAAGCUCUGGGAUACGGCCACAGGCGUCGAGCAGCGUACACUGACUGGCCAUUCCAGUAGAGUCCAGUCAGUGACCUUCUCACCGGACGGCCGCACGCUGGCGUCGGGCUCAGACGACGAGACUAUCAAGCUCUGGAAUACGGCUACAGGCAUUGAGCAGCGCACACUGACUGGCCAUUCUGGUAGAGUCUGGUCAAUGGUCUUCUCACCGGACGGCCGCACGCUGGCAUCAGGCUCAACUACAGGCAUCGAGCAGCGCACGCUGACCGGCCAUUCCGACUGGAUCCACUCGGUGGCCUUCUCACCGGACGGCCGCAUGCUGGCAUCGGGCUCGACCACAGGUAUCGAGCAGCGCACACUGACCGGCCAUUCUAACUGGGUUGACUCGGUGGCCUUCUCGCUGGACAGCCGCACGCUGGCAUCAGGCUCGAGCGAUUAUACUAUCAAGCUCUGGGACACGGCCACGGGCGUCGAGCAGCGCACGCUGACCGGCCAUUCCAGUACGGUCAUGUCGCUCGUGAACCAAUCUCCUCCCAGUUAUUCUAUCUCUGUUGCGGAUUCUUGGUACACUGUCAUGUAA